AUGAACAGGAAUGGUAGAAGUUUUAAAAUGUUGGCGAUGGUUUCCUUGAAUCGUCAACAAAGGAAGAAAAUCUUAAAUCUCAGACAAAAUUAUAACAAGAAACGCUUCAAAAAAGAAGACGAUGCUGAUUAUAUGCGGUCUGAUGUCUCUGAUGAAGAUUCUCUAGAGGAAAUAAUGAAUAAUGAUACGGAAGGCAAUAUUAAUUUAACAGAUAUGGAAGACAUGGACAAUUCGCAUGAUGUGCCAGAGCCAAAUGUAUCUUUAACUAAUUUAGUCGAGGAUGUGAAUAUAACUGAAAGUCUUGAUGCUGAAAAUUCAACAAACCAGGAGAAAAGAAUAAACAUAAUUUCCAAUAUUAUUGUGAAAAAUGCAGAAGGUUCUUCGUCUAAUGACAAUUAUUCGGACAUAGACAAUAUCAUAGCUAAUGAGGGAGAUGUUACAACGUUCAUAUACGACAUUUUAACAAAAAACGACCGAUUUGUUAGGCAUGUAUUGAACAAGUCAAAAAAUGCUGGCCUUACUCCGAACCCAAACAAACGAGGUAAAAAGGAGAAGGUGAAAAUUGAUAGAGAUAUAAUUAUAAACCAUAUCGAGUCAUUCCAGCCGACUAUCGCACAUUAUAGAAGGGAGCAUGCCCCCCCAAGAGAAGAUACUUACCGAGUGAUAUUACCAUUCAGCAAAUGCAUGACAAUUUUAAGACUAAAUAUCCACAUAGCCAGCGUUCAUACUAUCUGUACAGAGAAGUAG